AUGCCCGGCUCGGAACCUAGCUCGCCCUCUUCUGCCGCUCCUGGCCCUUCCAUGGGCGCCGGCCCUGCUGGCUUCGGCGACAACAGAGGCAUCAAGUUCCAGAUCAGGACUGGCAACGCUCGAUGGACCUGCACCCUGCAAGACCGCUCUCACUAUGAGCGCCAGAAGGCCGCCCGUACCAACUCGACCGACUCGGUCGCGUCCACCUCUUCUUCUUCUUCUUCUUCUUCGUCCACCACCUCUCACUAA